GGCAAUGGGAAUAGUCUGUGGCUGCAUCUACUUAAUAACCAUCUUCAUCUUUAUACCCAUCCCUUUUGGAACCUACAUUGUCUUCAGUCAAGAAGGUUUUCCACAUGAGAAGGUUUGAACUUUUUGUUGUCAUAUGAAAUACAGGUGAUUUGUCUUGCAAAGUAGGGGCAUUUACUUCUGUUAGUCUAAACUCUGCACCACAGUGGUGAAGACAAGCUAGCAUAUUUUCUCAUCUGUUUUUCUUCCUGUUUCCAUGUAUCUGUGAUAAGUUGUCGGCAGGACUAUUCUUAUUUCUGAAUAUUCUGUAUUCUGUGUUCAUUUGAGCUGUUUUUUAGAGUCCAUCAUAUAAUGUUGGAGUGUUCCUUCAUUAUCUGGUAUUAGCUAUAAGUUUCCAUGUUCUUUCAUGCACCUGUGUACAUUAUACUUUGUGUGGGUUUUUUAUCACCAAUGUUCUUUUUAAAUAUCUGUAUAUUCAUGUGUAUGUCAUGCAUCAUUGUCUACAGUCUAACCUGCAGGGCAUGGGCUCAGCCACUAAUGGUACUGGCUGCAGUGCCUCUAUCCUCGCUGCCUCUGCAGGUGCAUUUGUGGAGCUGCUGGCUGCGCUGCUGUCCAUCUGCUGUAUGCUGCUCCUUGGGUUCGCCGAUGACGUGCUGGAGCUCAAGUGGCGCCACAAGCUGCUGCUGCCCACCGUGGCCUCACUGCCACUGCUCAUGGUCUACUUUGUCACCUUCAACUUGACCAUCAUCAUCGUGCCCAAGCCGCUGCGCUGGCUCCUCGGCUUCAGCCUGAAUCUCGGGCCUCUGUACUACGUGUACAUGGGCAUGUUGGCCGUGUUCUGCACGAACGCUAUCAACAUCCUGGCGGGCGUCAACGGCCUGGAGGUGGGGCAGUCAGUGGUGAUCGGCCUAUCGCUGAUGCUGCAUAACCUGCUGGAGCUGGGCGGCCCGCUGCGCGACACCCACCUCUUCUCGCUGUACCUGCUGCUGCCCUUCCUCGGCGUCAGCCUCGCGCUGCUCUACCACAACUGGUACCCGUCCAGGGCGUUCGUCGGCGACACCUACUGCUACUUCGCCGGCAUGACGUUCGCCGUCAUCGGCAUCCUCGGCCACUUCAGCAAGACGAUGCUGCUGUUCUUCCUGCCGCAGAUUGCCAACUUUCUGUACUCGGUGCCGCAGCUGUUUCACCUGGUGCCCUGCCCGCGACACCGGUUGCCCAAGUACGACUGUGAGACGGACCUGCUGCACAUGUCCAGCACCAGCUUCCAGCUGGAGGCGCUGCCGUGGCCGGGCCGGCUCUUCCUGCGGGUGUGCAGCACGCUGGGCCUGGUGCGCCUGGCCACCUCUGAGGGCGAAGGCGGCAUCACCACCUGCAACAACCUCACCAUCAUCAACCUGCUGCUCAAGUUCAGCGGGCCCAUGCAUGAGCGCAGCGUCACCAUCGCGCUGCUGGCCUUCCAGGUGCUCUGCAGCGGUGUGGCGUUCGUCGUGCGCUACCCACUGGCCAGUCUCUUCUACGACGUGUGAUGUCACCGCGCUCCGAGCCAUGACGUCAUCGGGUGACGUCACGCGGGCGAGUGCUGCGGUGGACAUGGCCUCGUGGCAGUGGCGGGCGGUCCGACGGCAGGGAGUGCCAGUCAGCAGGGUCGGCUGCAGGACACGUGAUAGGGCGCGUGGGUGAGCCAAACCCGCCCGGUCCCGCAGCCGCCGGCUCCUCGCGUGAUGAACGACACUGCUGUGGGGGCAAAAUCGUGGGGUACACCAGGCAGCACUUAAAUCAUUAAUCAUGUGGGCAUCUGUGAAAUACUCGUAGUUCCUGGCAAUGGGCUUGGGUGGGAGUGUGUACGCAGAGAUCAAGGGAGCGUGCACAGUCAGUCUGGUUGUGGAGGUAAAUUGCUGUUUUUGAAGGGGGUCUGUUCUGAGUGCAGUCAUGGUACCCAAUUUAUCGUGAUCAUCUUUUCCUGGUAUUCGUAAGCAGUGGGUGCGUCUGUAGGAUUGCGUGGCUCAAUGUGUGGCGCUGUUCUAUGGAUGUUAAAAAACUAUGUAAUUUUCGCAGUGUGUUGGCGUCCUUUCCACCAUUUCCUGAUGCAUGCCACCACCUGGCUUUCACCUCAAAUCUGCAUGUAAAUGUUCAAAGGAAGGGCUGCUGGUACUUGGGACGGUUUCAGAUGGUUGUUGGUGAUUCGCUGGUGGAUUAUGUCAAAGAUGGGUGAAGUGACUGGCAGGGUAAGUGACCGGCUGUUGCCAACACGGUUCACUGAUCGUGUUAUGUUUUGUUACUGCGCUGGAUUGUUUUAUGACUUGUUGACAAAUUAUGAAUGCUUCUUUCGUGAUUGUCAGCCUGCGAGAGGCUUAAGCUCAUAAUUUGGGGCUCUAAAAACAAUUGCCAUGUAGGUGUUUAUGCUGUCUGCUAUUAGCACGAGUUUGCAUGCUCCCCACCCGUCAUUUAUUCCUAAGCCCUCCCACCGAAAUACACGUUUUUUGACAUAAUGUUUUGUCUUCACAACAUACAGUUUAAGCACCGACGAAGCAUAGCCGAUGUGAGCUGUUGUGGCGCCCGCUCCGCAUAAUGUCCGAACGUCAUGCCCCAUGGUGCCCGAACGUGAUGUCUCAUGAUGUCCCAACACCAUGUCUAAUGACGUCUGAACAUGCUC